AUGCCCCCUCCACCCAUGAAGGAAUUAGGACCCGUGCCCCCCCCCCCCACCUCAUGGUUCGACUGCCACGAAAUAGAUCUUCUCUACGAGGUUCACCCCACGGACUCGACGCCCGGCGUGAGGAAAGCCGACAGUGAUUCAGGAAUAGGAAAGAAGAACAACCGGAAUGCCAUCUCGCUGGCUCCCAAUUCACAGAUCCGAAUACCACACCGAUUGGUUCUCCCGGAACAAAUGCCCCGGCACUUCAUAUUCGUAUCCAGACUCAAAUCUGAGUCACCUCUCGGAGGCUAUCUGUUCGCCGUACUGGAUUCGUCCGACACGGUUGUGCAACUGGGCGUAUACAUGCACCCGGUGGAUGAUUUCAAACAGAAUAUCUCCGUCUACUAUUCCGAUACGCGGCGGAACAAACAGAUCGCCGAUUUCGUCACCGAUGAUUUCACCGGAUCCUGGAUUUGGUUGAGUUUGAAACUACACGGCGACGACAUGACACUGUAUAUCAAUUGUAAGGUCGUUUCCACUGUCCGUGUAACACGCAGCAACGAUCCUUUGAGCUUCGACAUGGUUUCAACGGUCUUCAUAGGACAGGGCGGGCCUGUCCUGAACGGCCAUUUCGUCGUGAGUACUCUAUUAAAAUAUCUCUGA